AUGGACUACGAGGAGGAUUCGGGAUCUGACGACGGCGAUGAUUGGUCACCCUACUCGUACGAAACUGCGAGCAUCUUCUCCAACGUUCCAAAUCGGGCAGAAGGGCUCGUUACGCUGCAGGCAGCAAGUGAGAAAAGGAAUUGGCGCAACGGAACAGCGAAGCGCAAGUACCUUCACCAGAUGGCUACUGCCACGCCUCUAUCACUUGAAAGCGUCUCAGAAUUGGAGCCAAAAUCUCCUCAUGGCCGUGAAACAAAGGACCACUAUGGUAAGGGGCACAUCGUGCCGACAAAGUUGCAAGACAUCGUGAAAGAAAUCACAGAGCAAGGGUCCACCAAAAUGUGGCCAAACACUUACUGCACACCUGGCGACGCGAUUAUCGAGGUUUUGGCCCCUGAUAGCCUUCAUGGUGCGUCGCGGUUGACAGACUCAGGGAAAAAGAGGAUGUUAUACAUGUGCUGACUGAUCAUGGAUGAUUCAUCUCACAGCGGACAUUGUCAUGA